AAAAGAGAAUCUUUUCCCAUCUUUUUUCAAAUCUGAAACAAAAAAAGAAGUUUGGGAGUUGGAAGGAAGAGCCACCUGUUUGUAUACGUUAUCAAACUCUUUGAGCUCUUAGGCCUUUCCACUUGCUCUCAUAUUCUUCUUUUUCUUUGAUUUUCUCGCUCAAAUCUCAAGAGGGUCUCUACUUUUUUGUCCUCUCAGUUUCCAAAUCUUCUUCUUGUUUUUUUUUUUUUGGAUUCUCACUCAUUGAACUUUGGUGGGUUCUUUUUUGAUUAUUCGAAGUUUACGUUUAAAUAUAUAUAUACAUAUAUAUAUAUAAUUUGAAUGCUCUUUUUGCAUACAAAGCUAUCAAGUUCUGAGCUUUGAUGGGUUCAAGAACUUUGUCAAUAGGUGCAUCUCUAGAUUCUCCUGAUGCUCCUUUUGAAAGAAAUCACACCGAAAAUGUCAGUAUGGUUUCCCUUAAAUUUCAUGAGUCAAAUGGGGUGCUAGAUCAGGGACAUCAAGUCUCUAGUCCAGUGAGAAGAGAUGUAGUUAGCAGGUCAUUAUCUGCAGUAAAGGUCCAUGAAAAUGAUGAAAUGGACCUGGAGAGUGGUAAGUUGGAAAAGGACAGAGAUAAAACAAUACGUAGUAACAAGAUAGUUAAAAUACAAAAUCAGGCCUUAGUAUCUGGCCUUGCAUAUUGUAUUUCCUCCUGCAGUAUGAUACUGGUAAACAAAUUUGUGCUCUCUAGCUAUGAUUUCAACGCGGGGAUAUCUUUGAUGCUGUACCAGAACUUUAUAUCCGUUGUUAUUGUCUCUAUACUGAGUUCUUUGGGCCUAAUAUCGACAGAACCACUAACGUGGAGAUUGAUUAAAGUCUGGUUACCUGUGAAUGUCAUAUUUGUCGGGAUGCUUGUUACAAGCAUGUUUAGUUUGAAAUAUAUUAAUGUAGCCAUGGUCACGGUCCUGAAGAAUGUCACUAAUGUAAUUACUGCAGUUGGUGAAAUGUAUCUAUUUAAGAAGCAUCAUGAUAGCAGGGUGUGGACUGCUUUGUUCUUAAUGAUUAUUUCAGCAGUUUCUGGAGGGAUAACUGAUCUAUCAUUUCAUGCCAUUGGAUAUUCAUGGCAGAUUAUAAACUGCUUCUUAACUGCAUCGUAUUCUCUGACCCUACGUAGAGUCAUGGAUACUGCAAAGCAGGUCACCAAAUCUGGGAACUUGAAUGAAUUUUCAAUGGUCUUGCUUAAUAACACACUUUCAUUGCCUUUGGGGAUUCUUCUUAUUUUUGUUUUCAGGGAGGUUGAUUAUCUCUGCACAACACCACUUCUAAGGAUGCCUGACUUCUGGUUGGUAAUGACAUUAAGUGGAUUUUUGGGUCUGGCAAUCAGUUUCACUUCAAUGUGGUUUCUUCAUCAAACAGGGGCUACCACCUACAGCCUCGUAGGAUCAUUGAAUAAAAUUCCUCUCUCUGUUGCCGGUAUUGUUCUUUUCAAAGUCCCUACGAGUUUGGAGAACUCUGCCAGCAUCUUCUUUGGUCUUUUGGCAGGAGUGUUUUUUGCAAGAGCCAAAAUGCGAGAGAGAUCUUAAUCCUGAGUACAGUUUUGCAUUUUGUGUAACUUUGCAUCUGACAACUUUUGAGCAUUGUUAUCACUAGGAAUCGAUCAAUCAGUUCUCACCGAAGACAGAAAACGGGGUGGCCAGUUGGUUCCAAUCAAGUGUAGUUUGGUGCCAAAUCUUGGUCUAGGCGAUGAUUGGAGUUACGCGAGUUUGGCAUCUGUUUUUUUUUUUUGGUUUGUAACAAAGGAAAGGGUGCCACCACUUAAUUCUUUUCCUUUUCUUUUUGUUGUAUUGGGGACCUUAUUGGUUUUCCCCCUUGUAUUUUGCAAAUUCUUAAUGUAAUUUAUGUAUGCCCUUUGUCACACUUCUAUUUAGAUGCAAAGAAAGUGACGCGAGAUUUUAAUUUUUAAA